AAAUUAAAAAUAUAUUUCUUUUACUGUACACAAUGAUUGGUGCACAAUAAAAACAACACUUGCAUCAAAUUGAGUGGCAAAACUAUUUUUGUAACAACUGUGACGUUUAAGCUAAUACAUAGAAUGUGUUUGUUUACACUGCAGUAUGAAUACCCCUGGAAUUUGCAACGAAUGGCCACUUCAAUUAAAUCGCGCAAAUAAUAAAAAUCUCGCGAUAUAAGCACAACUACUGUCUAAUUAUUGCUUGAGCAUUGAGAAAUCGCAGCGACCGCCAUAAUUUAUAUUAUUAUAUAAUUGAAUCUCCUCAGUCAAAGUCGCAUAAACAGAAAUAAACAAAAAAACAUAAUAUUACGCAAUUGGUUGGCGCACAGCUACUUAAUAAGCUCGUCCCAUCGGAAGAGGAAGACAACACAAACAGUUCAAAAUUUUAACCACCAACCGGUACAUUAUUUUCGACCAGUUCAUCCUUAUCAUCCCUCCUACCUCUUCUCGUCUACAUCACUACUGUGUUGUUGAUCCUUUAAACCAUUUUGUGUUUUGAACGGUUUGCUGCUAUGGCAUCCUCAUCAGUGCUAGCUAACAAUCCAAUUUCGAAACUAGCAUCAGCGGUCGCUGUGGACUCCUCGUCAUCUACGACUACUACCUCACCUACUCUAAUUUCUACACGUAAACGCACUUACGAGACUGCAAUCUCAAUGCCCUCUGCCCCAACAAAAAGUAGAGGAGCAACUGCAGCUGUAGCAAAAGCAUCAAUCGCCAGCAAAAUGAAUAUUAAUGGCAAUGAUAUUGCCCAUAGUGAUAUAUUUGUGGAUGGUGUCUGCACUGCCACCAACGCAAUAACAAAUAAAGAUUAUACACGCACAGUUUCACAAUGUGAACCGGACGAGGAAGCCUCCGGUUCGUCAUCAAUAUAUUACGAUAGUCCGGUGAAAAGAGAAUACGUACCAAUACCACAACCUCUACCGACGAUCAGCAGUGGCACAUCAGAUUUUAUGACAAUUUGUAAGCCAGCACCUCUUUCCACCGAUGAAGAGGCCGUUGUGGAACGUGAGAAGUGUGAUUAUAAUUAUAAAAUCACCUAUCAAAUGGCGCGUUCUGGCCAGACGAAACGACGUGUACGUGUUUACGCCGAUGGUAUUUACGACCUCUUCCAUCAAGGUCAUGCCAGACAACUAAUGCAAGCCAAGAACAUUUUUCCGAAUGUUUACUUAAUUGUGGGCGUGUGCAACGAUGACUUAACACAUCGCAUGAAGGGGCGUACCGUCAUGAAUGAUCAGGAGCGUUACGAGGCUUUACGUCACUGCCGCUACGUGGAUGAGAUCGUUCCAGAUGCACCUUGGACUUUGUCGGAUGAAUUUGUAGCAGCUAACAAAAUUGAUUUUGUUGCACACGAUGACAUUCCAUACACUGGUGAUGGCAUGGAGGAUAUAUAUGCGCCACUGAAGGCUAGAGGCAUGUUUGUGGCUACCGAACGCACCGAAGGCGUUUCCACAUCAGACAUUGUAGCACGUAUUGUCAAGGACUAUGAUUUAUAUGUUCGUCGAAAUUUGGCGCGUGGCUACUCAGCCAAAGAUUUAAAUGUCUCAUUCCUUUCGGAGAAAAAGUUUCGAUUUCAAAAUAAAAUGGAUGAGCUGAAGGAUCGCGGACGUCGGGAGCUGACCAAAGUGAAGGAUGAUAUCAUCACAAAAUGGGAGGAAGCAUCUCGUGAUUUCAUAGACGCAUUCCUUUUACUUUUCGGACGGGAGCGUCUCAAUCAUUUGUGGAAUGAAUCUAAAGGGAAAUUGAUUCAAGCACUUAGUCCACCCGGCAGUCCGAGUGGUUCAGUGAAUGGCGAUGAUGAAGACGAUGGCGAUUAUGAAGAUGACACUGAUUUCGAAACGGCACGCAUUCCGGCAAGUGCUGCGCGGAUUCGUGUCCCUGAUAGUCCUUCAGUGCGUGGUAGCACCGGACGUGGAUCAUCUGCGACUGCCGCCGCCGAAGCGGCUCAAUUGGACAAUGAAGAUGACGAUGAUGGCGAAUAUGAGCAUAGAAGUAAUUAGAAUAAUAGAUCACCAAAUAUUUCGUAGGUAAUAUUAUUAUUGUAACGCAAACAUACGAAAAUAAUAGAAAGAAGAGUUACAUUAAAACUAAACACAAUUAUUUGCAGACAUGUGAAUGUCUUUGAAAACUUUUCGUCAGUGAUGAAGCAUAAGAUAAAAAAUACCUACUAAAUAAAAGCUGAGGUUGCGCAAGUAAAAAAAGUACCAAGACCACAAAAUUACUUAGAGUUCUACUUUUUGUUAGUUGACCAAAACAGAAGGGAGUGAGGCAAGAGAAGAGUUAUGCUUUCAAAUAAACCGUUAUAUUAGUACAACAUAUUUACAGAUAUGUGUAUAUUCGCAUUUUGAAAAUCUGUACUCCGAGUUAGUCGAGUCGAAUACACAAAAGUAGGAUUACUAAAUAUGGCCGUGGCCCACGAUAUUGCACAUCUUUUAUCUUUUUACUCAGCUAUAAUUGAUUUGACGACAAACCGCCAACAUUUCAGAAAAAGAAACAGCAGCAACAAGCCACAAAAUACGAUGCUAUUUACUCUACAAUUUCUAAGUAGUUUAGUCUAUGGUUACUUCUUAGUCUUCAACCCUAUGAAUAUAGUUAGUAAGGAACACUUGUUAAAUUACUGUGUAUUUAUGCUUUCAUAGAUAACUGUGGACAUUUUACAAAACUUCGUACUUUCUACUUGUAAUCCACAAGUUUUUAAAUUUUUAGGGGAACAUUUAAACUUUUAAUCAUCCACAACUGACGUUUAGGAAUCCAAAUUAAUAAAACAAUUUAUAUAAUUAUAUUAUUAUAUUUUUCUAUUAGAAAUCAAGGUUUAUGGUAUUUAAGCGAAAAACGAUUUAUUGUUAAAAGUCCACAGGUAUACUCGUAUGUAUACACCACAUACACAUAUGGUCACCGAAAUAAGUGCAUACUAUAUACAAUAUAAGUAAAUCGCUCAGUAAAGUUUUGCGAUACUUUUUUGAAAACAUUACAAAAAACAAUUUCUCUUGUUUUAAUUUUACAAAAACUAAUUUAAAAUUAUGCUUUGAUGCGUAGGAAUGAAGUUUUCAAAGCUAUAAGGCAAAAAAAAAUUGUUGAAUAACCCACGACUGCCUUCUGACUUUAUUCGAAUGGGACACCUGCGAGUGCUGUGAAGUAUUGCUAAUAAAAUUCAUCAUAAAAAACAAAAUCAAUUAUCUGAUAGUGGUGCUAUUAUACAAAUUUCUCAAAACUAAGAGCUGGUAAUCUAUUAUUUCUUCGUAAAGCGAAUUUUUGGAAGAGGAGGGAAUUUUGUGUAUAAAAGAUAGUCAGACUUAUCACUUAGUGCGUCGUAAAAAGAAAGCUACGAAUACAAUAACCCUUGGGAACUCGAAAAAUGUGCUGUAAAACUCGAAUGCCAAAUUUUGAUUUUUCGGAACCAGCUGGUACGUAGCAAACAAACAAAUUUAGUUAAAAAAUGAUUUCUUUCGCGUUAUUUUGUAACUUUUUUUUUGUGCGAUUCAAGUGAAUUCUAUUGGAACUUGUGUAAUAAUAAUUUUGAAUGAAAAGAAGCAGCAACAUUUAAGAAUACUUCAAUGCAGCGGAAUGAUGUCACUUUGUAAGUAUGACACUCUGAAAGGAAAAUUGGCGGUCCCAAGCUGUUUACCUACUCUUUUUGGCAUUUGGUUUAACCAUCUCCAAUUUCUGGAUGUUCUUGUAAUAGUUCCAGUAACUAAGCGUUUUGGUGACGCGUUAAAUUUAGUACUCACACUUUAAUUUACCGUAUUUUUGUAAAUUGAUAAAAUAUAAGUGGUUAUUCCUUCUGAAUAUUAUUUUCCAACUUUUCUUCGAUAACCAAAACCCUCCGUAACAAAUUCGUUGAAAAAAAUUGUGAAUUGCUAUACGAAUUUUGAAUUUGCAACGUAGCCAUUCGAACUCGUGAUGCCUUUUUCGUAGAAUAUACGAAAACUGCUGAACUCGAUGAAUUCAGCGAAAGGGCUGAGUAUAUGAUCCGCCAGCCUUAAAUACACCUUUCAUACAUAUAAUAUAUCAUUUAUAUAUACAAAUGAACACAUCUACAUAAAUAUAUGUAUAUAUAAAAAUGUAAAAUGCCAAUGGAACGUAUCUAUUUUAAUGGCCAUAUGUGUAUAUGCAUAUGUACAUAAGCCCCGUUAAAUUAAACAAUACAUUACAUAUUUAAAUGUAUCAUGGAUAAUUUAGGAACUUGCUAAUCGCAGCUAUUAUGUAGAGGCUGCAGAACUUACGCAAAAGUUGUAACAAUGAAAAAUUAUUGUGUCAACCUAAUAAAUAUGUGUAUGUAUGUACGUAUGUAUGCAAGUGUAAGUGAACUGCUAUUUAAGUUUUAUAAGAGCCUUUACAUGAUUCAGACAAGAAUGUAAGUGAAGUAUUAGUUUACAUUCAGGAUUAAAAACAAGCUUAAUUUUUGAAACGAAUUAUGUAGAUCUGAAUGGUUAAUUGAAAAAAUGUAAUUUCCUCAUCUUAUGUCUAAGUAUAGAAAUUGGCAUACACAGAUAUAUGUAUGUGUAGAUAUACUUAUGUACAUAUAUGGUAUGUAUGGUUGAUGGCAUUUUAUGAUUCUUUUUUCAUGACUGAUUUCUUAUAUAUAUUAUUAAAAAACUAAAUGAAAAAUUAGCAAGGCAAAGACAAACGUUUGAACGAAGAUUACAAAAACUUGAUACAUGGAAAUGAGCGUUUGUGCCCAAAAUACCAAUGUGCACACAAGUGGAGAAUUGAUAAAAAGUUUAAAGUACGUAUGUCAUGUAUAGAAUGUCAUAAAUAAAUAUAUAAAUUCGUGUGUCUCACACCGAAGUGUUGACAAGGAUCUUGAAAUGUGCUUACAACAAA